AUGUCCUACGAUCAAUACAAUCAGAACCCUUACCAGCAGGGCUCGGCUCAGGAUAACUCCUAUGGCUAUGGCCAGGCCAAUCCUUAUGCGCAAGACGCGCCAGCCCAUGGUAAUGACCAAUAUGAAAUGCAGGAUUAUUCGCAGCAGCCUACAGCUACUAGCACAAGUCUUUCUCAGCAAGAAUUCUUGAACCGCGUGCAGAAACUCCGCGAUGAAAUCAAGGGUCUGACCAACGACGUCGACUACAUCGGCCAGCUCCACCAACGCACCCUCAGCAGUACCGACGGGUCCGCCAACCAUGACCUCGAGCAGUAUGUUUCUCAGACCCAGAUCCGAAACACCGCUAUCAAGGACGGCAUCAAGGGACUCGAGCGCGAUCUCGCAAAGACCAAUGACAACUCCCGUACCACAAAGAACACCCAGCUGCAGUCUCUCAAGACCUUCUUCAAGUCAGAGCUCGACAAAUACCAGAGCAUCGAGCGGGAUUACCAGCAGCGCUAUCGCGACCAGAUUGCUCGUCAAUACCGAAUCGUCAACCCCGAUGCUUCCGAGCAAGAGGUUCAGGAAGCCGCCAACGCCGACUGGGGCAACGAGGGUGUGUUCCAGACUGCUCUGCGAACAAAUCGUACCGGUCAUGCAAGCUCCGUACUCGGGAAUGUUCGCGCUCGUCACAGUGAACUUCAGCGCAUUGAGCAGACUCUUUCCGAGCUUGCCAUCCUCUACCAGGAGCUCGCCACCAUUGUCGAGCAGCAAGAGCCGGUCAUCCAGGCCGCUGAAACUAAUGCGAUCAACACCGUUGAUCACAUGGAGAAGGGCAACGAGCAAGUCGAGGUGGCCAAGAAGCACGCUGCCAACCGUCGCAAGCUUAAGUGGUGGUGUGCCCUCGUCGUCUUGCUCAUCAUCAUCGCUAUUGCUGUAGGCGUCGGUGUCGGUGUUUCUGUGGCCAACAACAACAAGUAA